AUGCACGACAGAGGUGUGUUUGGCCUCGUCACUUGCUGUCCCAACGUUGUCCAAUGUUGGAUCUCCAUCUACCUUCUCUCCGCCUGUCACCACCCCUGGAUAGUUGGAUUCGACAUCAAGUGGUGCCUGGGCUUUGCACGCAGUGUCCACCACCUCGUUGCGACCCUUCACCUCUGCAUCGACCGUUGCUGCCUCGUCCCCCAGAUCAGUUGCACUUGUUACCUCACCCAGUUGCUUCAUGACGCCUUCGACGAACAAAGACUCAUCUUCAUCCGCGUUUGGAUCGCCUCCGACUUGGUGAGGCUGAGCCAGAACUACGGCUUGGGGGCGGAGAUGGCAGUGGAUCUGGCGAAAGGAGACAAUCUGGAGGGAGUUGAAGAGAGCAAGUUUGACGAUGCUGGCGAGGGACCUCAAGAGCGAGAUCUGGAGAUCCCGCGGGAGGUUGCGUUGGGCAAGUGGAAUUUACAAAGAUUUUCAGUUUUUUUUUUCAAAGAUUCUUAA